CGUUAGUGUAGUUGGACGUGCAUAUAUAUGGCGUGGAGCUGAAGCAAAAAAUAAACCCCACAAAAAUCGUAGUUAACUUAAGUCGAGGUAAGUAGCAGAGAGAGGUCACCAUGCCUACGGUGGUGUUGAUGGACGUGUCCCUCUCUAUGACGCGCCCGGUCUCGCUGGAAGGCACGGAGGAGUACCAGCGCAAGAACCUGGCCUCGCACGGGUUAACGAUGCUGUUCGAACACAUGGCCACCAACUACAAACUGGAGUUCACUGCUCUUGUAGCCUUCUCGUCACUCUGGGAGCUGGUGGUCCCUUUUACCAGGGACUACAACACACUGCAGGAAGCACUAAGCAAUUUGGAGGAUUAUGAUAAGACGUGCCUGGAGGCGGCUCUUCAGGGGGUUAGCAAUGUCGUACAACAGGAAUGGGGGGGUGCCUUCCCCUGCCAGGUAGUUUUAGUAACGGAUGGCGCUUUAGGGAUUGGAAAAGGCUCCUUGAGGCACUCUUUAGCGACUUUGAAACAGCGCGGAGAAGACAAGAAAUUUCCACUUCCUUUCCCGUUCCCUUCCAAAAUCCACAUCAUGUGCAUUGCUAAUCAAGAGGAGCUUCAGAACACAGAUGUCUUGGAUAACCUUGAGCAGCUGAUAAAUCUGAACAAUGGAGAGGGACAGAUCUACACUGUUGACGGCCCAUUAUGCCUGAAGAAUGUGCAGUCAAUGUUUGGAAAGCUGAUAGACCAAGGCUACUCCCCUUUCCAUGCUGUGUUGAAGUGUGGGAACCUGGCUUCAGACGUGCAGGUCUUUCCCAGGCCUGAGCCAGUCCUCAUUGAUGAGGAAACUGAACCUGUCCUUAGAACCAUUAAUACAGAUUUGGAAAUUGUUGGGUUCAUAGAAAUAGCUGAUAUUUCUAGUCCACCAGUCCUCUCCAGGCAUCUGGUUUUACCCAUAGCAGUAAACAAAGAAGGUGAUGAGGUUGGUACUGGGAUCCCUGAAGACACUGAAGACGAGAACUCGGCCAAUCAGAUCGCUGGCAAAAGCCCAAAUUUCUGUGUCCUGCUACAUGGUAGCCUCAAAGUGGAAGGCAUGGUGGCGCUGGUCCAGCUGGGUCCUGAUUGGUACGGGAUGCUGUACUCUCAAGCUGAUAGUAAGAAGAAAUCCAACCUGAUGAUGUCGCUGUUUGAGCCAGGUCCUGAAACCCUUCCUUGGCUGGGGAAAAUAUCUCAGCUUGGACCCAUUUCAGAUGCUAAAGAAAAUCCCUAUGGAGAAGAUGACAGCAAAAGCCCUUUCCCUUUACAGCCGAAGAAUAAGCGCAGCUACGCGCAGAAUGUUACUGUGUGGAUCAAACCCAGCGGGCUGCAGACCGAUGUUCAGAAGAUCUUGAGAAAUGCCAGAAAACUUCCAGAGAAGACACAGACAUUCUAUAAGGAGCUGAAUCGCUUGCGGAAGGCGGCUCUAGCGUUUGGGUUCUGGGAGCUGCUGAGCGGCGUAGCGGAGCUGCUGGAGCGGGAGUGCACUCUGCUCCCUGACACCGCCCAUCCCGAUGCAGCGUUUCAGCUCUCCCACGUAGCACAGCAGCUCAGACUGGCCAGCACGGGGGACUCGCAGUACGCAGCCUUCACCCACAACAUCACACCCAUGCCGACCGACUUCUCGGGCAGCAGCAGCAGCGAGCGGAUGUAGCUCUCUGACACUGUUUGAAUUAAAAAGUCAUGACCGCCUAAGGAAAUACAGCCUUCUGUACCAGAAAAUGUGUGACUGAACACAUUUAAAAAAAAAAAAAAAAAAAAAAAGUAUUACAUAUUUUGACAUUUUGUAUAGUUGUCCUUUAGGUUGUAAACCAUGUUUUAGUUCGGGCAAAAACCUAGAAGUCAAACAGUGUUAAAAUACUGCCUCAUAAUUACCUUUCCUGCCACGAGUUUUUUUUUAUGUUUUAUUACAAAGCAGAUCUGUAAAUAGUACUUGUCAAAUAGGUUGGUAAAUAAAAUUAAACUAAUAUUUGCCUUUGGUUUAUUUCCUAACAUUGGAUACACGCUCAUUACUAGGGCCCUGUGUUUUGCUUGCUUGUUUUUUAACCUGUAAUUUAGUCCUACAGCCACAAGUUGUCGCUAUAGCCUCCACAGUAAGCUAUGUAAUGAGCAAUCAUUAAAAAAAAUCAUCUCAUUACAUUACUUUAUCAUUUUAAUUGCUCAUCCCUCUACUCUGCAAAGUAUAUAUUAGCAGAUUAAUAAACAGAACGCUGUAGAUGGCUACUGACCUUUAUUUAACCCUUACAUCCCUGUAAAUAAGUAUAACAGGAUUUUAAAAGGAUUUUUUUUUUUCAAUAUUAUUUCAGAGAACUCAUGACUGUAAAUACAUCACAUAUAGGUUUUAAUUUACCGGUACAUUUUUACAUAUACAAUACAUUUUGUUGAUAUGUGAAUCUCACUGGGCACAAAUACAUAGUUUGUCAACAGAAGAGAAGAUGUAUAUUUAGAUUUCCAGUUUCGGUCAGCGAUCCCUGAACAGUAUAGAUAUUAUAACUAUUGGAAUCUGGGCAUUUGAUAGAUUCUGUAACAUUUAUGUAAGCUGUGUUUAUUUAUUGUUUCUUUGUUUUGAAUAUAAUUUUCAAAGCGUUGUUCAUAAGAAGCCCAUAAGAGUUUAUGUUUGCAUGGAAGACAAUAAAUAAA